ACGUCUGGAGUUAGGGUUUAGGGCACCAGCUAUGGGAGUUCCUAGAAGCGAUGGCGAUGGCGCCCGGACUCUCCAGCUCCUCCGGGCGCGAAUGGGCGGCCAGAGCGUCGAUGCAAAGGAAGUUGGAUUUGUGUGUAAUGCGGAUGUAAGCUACAGCGAGGAGGAACAGCCUCAAGCUCUCGAGUGGCUAGCUUUUGCAGAGAAGUUCUUUUUGGAGAAUGCGUCAGCUGACACGAAUCUCAAGCUUCUCAACACAUUCCUACAAUCAAAAUCGGUGUUUGUAGGGAAUGGAACCCGGAUCACUCUGGCGGAUCUCGGCAUGUUUGUGGCAAUUCGCGAGAAAGUGGCCGCUAUUCCAGUAGAGGACCAGGAGAAUUUGCCAAACUUGUUUCGAUGGUUCGACUACGUUCAGAACAAGGAAGACGUGCGUCAAGUCUACGCGCAAAUCUACAUUAAGAAGCCAUAUUUCUCUCCACCGAACUUGAGUGAUCAGGAUUCUAGUAAGGCAUCCAAACCAAAUGUCGACGGAAAGAGCAUGGCGGAAACGAAGGAUAACAGGAACGCUCCUUCUCCUCAGCCUUUGCCUUCGCCUGCGCCGCCUCUACCUGCGCCAACACCAGCACCGGACAGCAGUGUAUCUACUGUGAGUUCUGUCAGCAAAAGCAAACCAGCGAAAGAAACGAAAGAGAAGCCUCCCGCACAAAAGAAAGAAGUCGACUGCGAUGUCAGCGUGCUCGAUAUAUGCGUCGGACAAAUCAAGAAAGUGUGGAAGCAUCCAUCAGCUGAUACUCUCUAUGUGGAGGAAAUUGACGUUGGAGAAGCACAACCGAGACAAAUUGUCAGUGGUCUGGUCAAAUACGUACCUGAAAGUGAGAUGCUGAAUAGAAGGGUGCUCGUCCUUCUAAACGUUAAAGCCGGGAAAGUUCGGGACGUUCUCUCGUCUGGCUUGGUUCUUUGUGCGUCAAAUGGAGACCACAGCCAAUGUGAACCUGUGUCUCCUCCGGACGGCGUUCCUGUAGGUGAAAGAGUGAAAUUCGCUGGGCACGAUGGGAAAGCAGAGGAAGUGUUGAAUCCCAAGAAGAAACAGUGGGACAAGAUUGCUCCUGAACUUGGCACUGACGAGCAGGGCAUUGCAAAUUACCAAGGUGUUCCCUUCCAAACCUCUAAAGGACCAUGCAAAUCAGCAAUCGUCAAUGGAUCAAUCAAAUGAGAACCAGGAGAACCAAAGAUUGGUUUAUCUGGGACCAGACGGCUGGUGUGCUACCAUGGCCACACUGACGCUACCGCCAAGAUGGUUAGUCGAAGAGAACCGAAGAACUCCCG